ACAAAUGUCAUGGUGACCAGUUGGCGGGAGAACAAAUGUCAACGACUUCACGCUUGAAAAAUGUUAAUUCGAGACAUAAAGAGAUUUACUUUAAAGCUGAUAAAAAUGGUUUAAGAAAUACUGUUUUUUCAGUUAAUGGUGAUAAAUACAUAGGUGAAUGGAAACACAACAAGCGUCAUGGUUUCGGCAUAUACGAAUGGAAAAAACCAAACCUUGUUUAUGAAGGUAAUUGGGAGAACAAUAUGCGUAGUGGAUCUGGUGUUUUGAGUAGGAAAUUUAGGAAUGGGAAACAAAUAAAUGUUUACUCAGGAUCCUGGAAAUACGACAAACGCCAUGCAAGUUGUUCUAAAUGUCAUUAACAGUUUUUCAAGGGUUAUGGAAACAACUGGUAUUCAGAUAAUAAAAUAUACGAAGGUGAAUGGUACGAUGGAAAACGUUCUGGAUGGGGAAGAAUGUACUACCCUGAUGGAAGCAUUUAUGAGGGACAGUGGUUUAAUGAUAAACGGCAUGGAGAUGGAAUGCUUAGAUUGGCAAAUGAAAAUAGAUUUGAAGGACAGUGGUUAAAUGACAAGAAGAACGGAGUAGGGAAAUAUUUCUUCCUUAAUACUGGCCAACUGAUGGAGGGAAUAUGGUGUGAUGAUGUACCAAAAUCUUCCCAAAUUCUGGACCUCGGAAGGCAAGUAGCGAAAAGUCCAACGGAGUCCGAAAUACCAGAGAUAAAAUUAAAAGACCCUAAUGGUAUCCUCAAGAAAGUGCAAGAGAAGCUGAUGGAAAUAAUACGUACCAACAACCCAGAGAGUUCCUGAGGGCAAAACCAAAACAAACUGAGCAUAUUUUGUUAUACUUGGAACUGAGAAGCAGUUGUACAAUCAUCUUACUUUGCACGUACACACACCAAUAUAAAAAUGAGGAAACUAACAGCAUAUAAUUUAUUCAGAAAAUAUAAACGCAAGAUUACAAAGCUUAAAAAUACAGUAAAUUGAUAAACAAAUAUACAAACUCUACAAAGUAAAUAA